UGAUGAUAACAUAAUUUGAAGAGUAAAGUUUAUUAAGAUCACCAACAACAAGUAAAAUUCUUUAAUUUACUUCUGAUAAUAUCUUAAUUUGUGGAUCAGGAAAUAGAUUGAUGGAGUAUAAUUUAUAUAACAAUACUGUCAAACCAAUCAUUAAUACUAGAUAUAAUGUCAAAUAUUUCAGCGUUUAUAAUCAAUAAUUUUAUUCAAGCGUGGAUGAUUAGAACAACAUUCUUUGUAAUGGCAAACAUAUUAAAAGCAAAAACUCACAAAUCAAACAAAUUAAGCAUAGUCCUGAUGGAAAAAUGAUUGCAAUUGCUUAUCAUAAUAAAUUAAUAAUCUAUACUUUAGAGAUGGAGAAAAUAAAAGUGCAUUCAAAUAAACAUAAAAUUAAUGGUUUUUCUUGGUCACCAGAUAGUCGAUUUAUUUUAUCAUGGGGAGAUGAUAAUUCUGUCAUAAUUAAUAAUGUUUUUAAACUGAGAUUAUAUACAGAUAUUAUGUUGCAGGCUCAUAAGUUUAAAAUAGCUUCUGCAUUUUUUUUAGUAUCCAAUUUUUAAUAUAUUGUAACAAUCGAUAUAUUAGGAAAAGUGUGUUUAUGGAAGUUUGUGAUGGAUUAUAUUACUGAAUAAUAUGAAAAUAGAUAGAAAUGUUAAAAAUCUAAACCAAUGCAUCAUUUAGGAGUUGAAAAUGAUUACUCAGAAUAUUAAGCAGAUGAAUUACUUUAUAUGAGUGAUUUUGAAAGGAAUAUACAUAAAGGCAGAUUUAUUUUAGAAAAGAAAAUAAAUAUAAAAGAGAAGUUGGUAAAACACUUUGCUUCUAUAAAAUCUAUUGCUUAUCAUUCAACAAAUAUGGUGAUAGUUGGAAUGAAGAAUGGAGUUUUGACUUUAUUUAAAAUAGAACCAUCUGAAGAUCCAUUCUUAAUUUAAUUGUAAAGCUUUUAAAUAACCUAAACACAAAUUGAUACUUUAGCUAUCAAUAAAAAUGGGAAUUGGAUAGCAUUAGGCAUGAGAAAUACUGGUUAAUUGAUUGUUUGGGAGUGGAGAUCAUAAAGUUAUAUAUUAAAUCAAUAAUCAUUAAGUUAUGAAACUACAUGUUGUACAAUUAGCUAAGAUUUAACAACUAUUGCAGUCGGAACCUUAGGCGGAAUUAUUCGCUUAUAUGAUUAAACUUCAAAUUUUUGUAUAGCUAAAUUUAAUGAUUAACAUAACUCUAAAGUAACGGGUAUCAAAUAUUGCCCAUCUAAAUAGGGUGUUUUGAUCUCAUGUUCACUUGAUGGAACUCUUAGAGCAUAUGAUACUAUUAGAUUGAAAUGUUUUAGAGUGAUGCAACCAGAAAUAUUGAAUUAAUUGCAAUGUUUAGAUGUAGAACCAUCUGGGGAUUUAAUUUGCGUUGGUGGAUUUGAUCCUUAUGAAAUCUAUGUAUUCAGUUUAUAAACUGGUUAAUUAGUAGAAGUCAUUUCUGGUCAUUAAGCCCCAAUCACUUCAUUAUCAUUUAUUUAAGCAGAGGAAAAAGUAUUAUUAGUUUCAGGUUCUUGGGAUAAAACUAUCAGAAUCCAUGAUCUUUAUGCAAGAGGAAUGAAGGAAGGAAGUGGAGGAGAUUCAAUGUUACAUAAUAGCGAAGUCACUGCUCUCGCAGUUAGAGAUAAUUAAAUUGCUGUAGCUACUAUGGGAGGUGAAUUAGUAAUUUGGGAUAUCAAUGAAAGUUUAAUCUUAUUCACUUUUGAUGUACAUAGGGAUGUCUAAGGAGGUAGAAUUUCGAAAGAGACUUUGGCUGCACAAAAAAAUUAGAAUUUAAAAUUCUUUGUAACAAUUGAAUUCUCCAAAGAUGGGCAAUAUUUACUUGGAGGGGGAAACAGUAAAUUUAUAUGCCUUUAUGAUAUGAAAUACAGAAUAUUGAUUAGAAGAUUUGUUCUUUCAAAUAAUCUGUCUUUAGAUGGAAUGAAAUUAAAGAUUAAUUUUAAAAAUAUUGAUUAAGAAAAUCAAAAUAUUGAAGAAUCUAAUGAUGAAAACUAGAAAGAAAAUUUGCCUGGAGCCAAAACUUUUGAUGUUUCAAAAAGAAGUACUAAAAGAGUACCUGUAUAAGUCUUUAAUCUACAAUUUACAGAAUCAAAUAGAGAAUUUAUAGUUUCCUCAUGUGAAGGAGUUUCAAUCUUUGGCUCAAUAAAAAGAAGAUAAUAUUUUGAUCCUUUAGAUGUCGAUGAAACUGUAUCUUUGGAGGAAAUUUAAAAAUAAAUUAAUGAAUAAAACUACACUGAAGCUUUGAUAUUAAGCCUUAAGUUAAAUAUAGCCAUCAUUUUAGACUAAGUCUUUGUUUCAAUUCCAUUAGAUUCUAUUAUUAGUAUUGUGCCAGCUAUACCAGAAUCACUAAUUGUUAGACUAUUAGAAACCAUAAUCAUAUCCAUGUAAAAAAAUAGAUAAGUUGAAUCUUGCUUGAUUUGGAUUAAAUAAAUUUUGAUAGAUUUUGCAUCUUUGAUUAAAGGAUCGACUGCAAAUAAAAAAGUAUUUACUAAUAUUAAUCUAAAGGUUUAAAACGUUCUUUAAGAAGUCUUAAAACAAAUCAGACAUGAUUUUAAUAGAAUAAAAAAUCCGAUUAGAAAGAGUAUCAAUAUUUUGGAAUAUUUAUCAAGUUGAUAAUAUGUGG